AUGGAACAACGGAAAGACGAAGCGCCGCUCGAAACGAGUCUGUUUCGUGCCAUACAAAAAAAUAAAGUUCUUCAAAGUCAAUCCAUCCGACAGCAACACGACGAAGAAUUUCAAUUAUCGAAAUAUUUGAAAGAUCAUCAUACCGAGGCGAAAUUUCAGCGCGAAUUGUUAUAUUCAUGGAAAAAUGAAACAUAUCUGCGUGAUUUGAAGAAGAAACUACGUAUUAGUCCAACGAAGAACGAUGCAGCUUAUGAAUAUCAAUUGAAAACUUUGAACCAUUUGAUAUCUGGUCGACCAGGUUUGAUCAUUCCACCAAGUGAAGAACAACGUCGGUUAGAAAUCAGAAAAAAAUACGAAGAAUUUCUUCGACAAAACCCUCUUUCGACUUUGAUACGGAAACCAGUAGAAACCGUUUCAAUUGAUCAAAGUGCCCAGGAACUCGCGCGGAGUAUUGAAGAGACAUGGAAGAACAUCCACAAGCAGUCAGCAAUUUGGUCGAAACAGAAACAAAGUUCCGGCUUGACCACACUUCGUCGAUCAUUAACGCUGAACGAUAUACGAAGAAAGUCAACGCGACCUUCCGAUCAAAGAAAAUCAUCUCUGAGUGAAAACAUUCGAUUCCGAACGAAUCAUUUUGAAUUAUGUGAAAGCAUCGAACCACCUCCAGUUACAUUGGAACUUGUCGACCGAGUUACUCAAUGUGAUCUGUUCACGAUGAGAAGUAUACGCCGACCCAGACAAAGUUCAGCGGAGUUGAAUUCUUUAUACGAAACACGAAAACAUAUUUAUCAAAUGAACAAACGCAUUUUCAAUCAUCAAAAUUAUCAAAAAGCAAGUUUCGAGCAUUCGAAGAACGCCAAAGUCAAAUAA